AUGGAUUCUUCUAAAUUAAUAAAAUCUUUUGAUGAUCUUUCAUUAGAAAAUCAUCUUCCAUAUCCAAUUGAAAGAAGAGCACGAUCAUCCUCCCCAGUUAAAAACCGUCGUCCAUUGCCUCUAACUGACCCUAACUUCUUUGAUAUGAGAAUUCCUUCGGUACCUUUUGCAAGUCUGGACGACAUUCAUCUGUUGGCAACGAAUAACUCGGGGGUUUCAUUUUCUCAACUGCAAAUUAAAUCAUUAUCAAAUUCUCCAAUUUCGAAAAGAUUACAUAUAAAUAGUCAUUCAAAGGAUUAUGUCAUUCCAAUUCCUUUCACUUUACAAUUACCUCCUAAAUUAAGCCCAAAAAAUAAACCAAUUGCUUCUUCUACAGUUGCUACUCCUCAAGGUUCGCCUACUCCUUCAAGAUCAGGUGGUUCAAAAUCUUUAGGUGCUACUCCUAACAAUCAAAACAAAAUUAGCAAAGGUUCAAGAUUGGUUUAUACUGGUAAUGGUUAUGAAAAAAUUGAUCUGUCUGAUGAAGAAGAUUUAGAAAUUGAUGAUUUCCCUCCAAUUCAAAAUGCAAAUCGUAAACCUCCUCCAGUAACUAAAAAUAAGAGAAAAUCUUCAAAACUCAAUAUACAAAAACAAUUCAUGUCACACGAUGAAUUAAGUAUCAUUGAAGAGGCUUCUAAUAGUGGUAGUUCAAGAGCUUCGAGUAUUAAAUCAAAACUAGAAAAAGAAUUACCUCCAGAUCCAUCUUUAAAUAAAAAUUCGCACCUUAUUUCAAAAUCAUUAAAUACUGCAAAUAUUAAUAUUUCAAAAAUUAACUUACCAACAGACGAAAGUUUCGUAAAAGAAGUUCCUAGGUUAAAUGUGGAAUCUCAUCAUCCCCCUCAUUGUUAUCCUUCAGGAAACUUGUCGCUGUCAUCUCAACCUAACAUUAAACAACCGAUUUCAAAUCAAUUAAAGAAACUGUCUUUACAACUGUCACAAGAACAAGAAGAACAACAACAACAACGAAAAAAUAAACAAAAACAUGUUAAACCAGCCUCCCCCCCUAGACCUGUUAACGUCAAUUUUAUUGCACCACUGCCUCAUAGAAAUGAUACUGAAAAAACUCAUGAAGCUCAUCCUUUAAUCUUAAAUCCAAAUAUUACCAAAUCAAAAGUUCCAAGACCAACGGCUAAUUUACUUAGUAAAUCAGAUUUGCCAAAUAAUUUGAUUAUGAAUCAACGUUUUCCUCCAAAUCAAAAUAAAGCAAAUCAUGCUAUUCAAUAUGGCCAAAUUCCAAAUCAAAGUAAAGAUAAUGUAUUAAAAAUAUAUAAAAGAAGUUUCAGUGAUGAAUCUCAUGUUUCAUCAGUAAGUUCUUUCAGUUCAGUUGGUGAUUUCAUGAACUUUAGUAAUAAUCCUUCUUUAAGAAGUACUAAGAAUAUAAAUACAAAUAUCCCAAUGGUAUCAACCACUAUUACAAAUAUCGAAUCUCCUUCAGUGAAGAAUACUGAUAAAACUUCACAAGAGAAACCAAAAAUUGAAGAAUUAAAUAGAAAUAACUCUAAAGCUUCAGCUAAGUCUACUCUGUCAUCUUCUACUGAAAGCUCUUGGAACUCUCUUCAAAAAAGUAUCGAUAUCAGUAUUGAAGAUUCUCUUAAUUCUCCAGCAACUGGUGAAUUCGAUUUUGCAUCCAAAAUUAAUUCAAAAGAAUUGCCUCCUUUGCCCGAAUUGAAUACUGAAAUUGAAAAAGUUGAAACUGCUCCAUUAAGAAUAUCAAGAAAUGCUACUAGAGAACCUUCCAGAGAAGUAUCUCCAGCAAAAUCAAGAAAAAAUCGCCCUACUCCUCCUCCUCUUCAAGAUGAAAUCGAACAAUCAUUAGCCAAAUUAUCAAAUAAAAGUAAAUCAUUAAAUGAGAAAUCUAAUACUCCUCCUUUUAAAGAAAAAGAUAAUAAUGGUGCAGGUAAACGCUUUAGUUUCCCUAAUAAUAGUCAAAAUAUAACAAAUAGUAGGGAAAUGAGAAGCAGACAAUUAUCAAGUAAUUCAAUGAAAAGUCAUAGAUCAAGAUUUAGUCAUAUGUCCCAAUCAACUGGUCAAAUUGAAAUUCCUGAUUUAUCUAAUAAAUCAGUGGCAGAUUCAUACUCUACAAGAAGAUCUACUUCAUCUUUCAAUGGUACAACAUUCGACGAUUUACCUUCUGAAUCUGGAUUUUCCUCGGAAACUUCAGCAUCUAUAGGUAGUCAAAUGUCAAACGGUAAAUUAGAACCAAUUGGUGUUCCUACUAGAGCCUCUCAAGAAAUUAUAAAAGAGCAAUUUAAAAUGAUGCAUGGUGAUGAUGUUACUGAUAGUGAUAGCGAUGAUAUCUUUAUCCCUGCCAUGAAAUCAAAGUCAUCACCAAAUAUUAAACAGUUGAAUGAAGCCUUUGAUAAGGAUCCUAUUGAUUAUUCAAAUAGACGAAUUCUGGAGCCACCAUCUCAAGUCAAUGAAAAAGGUAAUAGGCCAAGAUCUUCUUCUUCUUCUCCAGUUAGACACAGAAGAAACAAAUCAAUGUAUGGAAUUGACUUCCAAAAUAAUGAUUUACCAGUAUCACCAACUAGAAUACAUUCUAGAUCGAAAUCCACUUCUCUGGUUAAAUCAAAACCUGGUAUACAGAAACAAACUCGUAAACAAUCGAGCAAAGAACAGAUUAAGGAUUUACCCUCUAACAUGGACAUUGUAAUUAAUGAACCUCCUAGACCAGUCAGUUAUGAAGUCGAUUUCAUAGAAGCAAAAUCACAGGUUGAUGACUUCCCAGACAAUGUGUCAAACACUCCAACUGUCAAUGAGAUAUACAAAACACCAAAUGUUACUUUUGAAAACCUUCCAAACUCGAAAGAUAUUUCAAAUGAAAUAAACAGACAAAAACAACUGAAAGCUAAGCCUAAUCAAAUUCAAUUUAAAGGAUUGAAAAAGAAAUCAGGUUCAGUCUAUUCAAAAAGUAGCAGUCAGAGUACUAACUCGGAAGUGGAUAGUAUUACUAUUGAUCUAACUGAAGAAAACGUUGAUGUUUGUAUGAUUCAAAGAAAUGAUUCUAAACUCUCAUACAGGUCAAUCACUGAGAAGAAGGAUGGUAAAGACGUUGAGGUGGUCUUGGUAGAAGAAAACGAAUCAGAAAAUUCAUCUAGAGACGACUUGUCUAGUAUUUAUUCAAAAUAUCAAACAGACUGGGUAUCUAGAUCAAAUUCCAUGUUGUCAACUUCUUCAUCGGGUUCAUAUGCAAGUGCAGCAUCAUUCGAAAGUGGAGUGUCAUCAGAAGCUCAAUUACAACUUAAAGAAAGACCCAAUACGAUCGAAAUAUACAAACAGAUGCAAGCCAUUAGGGGAAUGGGAAGAUCGCCAAUAGAAAAUUUGAGUCAAGCGAGAAAAGGGCAAUCGAUUAACUCACAUACUUCUGGUAGAUCUAAUAACAGUGUCAACUAUCAUUCAAAAAGAAUUCAACCUCCAAAACCAACCAAGAAUGUUAAUUUUACUAAUUCAAAAAGUCAACCAAAUUUAUAUUCAAACUUGAAUAUAUUCAAUUCACCUCAAAAUUCACGAGAAUCAAACUAUUUUGAUUAUACUACAUCUGAAAAUUAUGAUUUCAAUACUUUCAUGAAACAAAGAGCAGUGUCAAAGCCUACCUAA